AUGACCUCUCAAGACAUUGAGGCUCCCGCCGUGGAUGAGAAGAAGAUCGCCAUCGUCUCGGACAAGGACCAAUCCGACACCACCAGCGAGCGAAAUGGCGAGACCGACCUUGUCGCCGUGGAAGGCCAGUACACAAAGGAGGAAUACCACAAGCUCAGGAGAAAGGUCGACAAGUACCUCCUCCCCCUCAUGUGGAUAUGCUACGGCAUCCAGCAAACCGACAAGACGGCGCUCGGCACCCAAGCCAUCUUCGGUCUCCGUCAAGAUACAGGACUCAAGGGCCAGGAGUACAGCUGGCUCACAACAAUCUUCUACAUCACAUACAUGUGCUUCGAAUUCCCAAGUAACAUCGUCCUCCAGCGCUACAAGAUGGGCCGCACCCUCUCCGUCUACAUGAUCUGCUGGGGCAUUAUCGUGCUCUGCAUCGGCUUCGCCCAGAACUUUACGCACCUCAUCGUCCUUCGCGCGCUGCAAGGCGCCUUCGAGUGCUGUAUCUCGCCCGGCUUCAUGUUGUUGGUCGGCACGUGGUACAAGACGCGCGAGCACGCUUCGCGGUCCCUUGUCUUCCAGAGCGCGAAUGCCGGGUUUGGAGUGAUUGCCUCGCUCAUCAUGUAUGCUAUCGGCGUGUCGACGCAGCAUAAGGAGGGGGCUCAGCCGUGGCGGUAUAUCUCUUUCUUCUUGGGUAGCUUGACGACUGCCAUCGGAUGCCUCUGCCUCUUCCUCCUGGGCACGCCGUCCGAGGUCCGGUGGUUGACGCAAGCCGAAAAGGAUAUGGCAAGCGCGCGUAUCAUCUCCAACAAUACCGGCCACGACCGCACUGCCAUCAAGGGGUGGAAGUGGAAACAGGUCGGCGAAUGCUGCCGCGACCCCAUCUUCUGGUUUGCCGGCAUCAACGCCUUCCUCACCUCCGUCCCCAAUGGCGGUCUCACAACCUUUGGCAGCAUUAUUAUAACUUCCUUUGGCUUCAACAACCUCCAAACCAUCCUCAUCGACAUUCCCCGCUCCGUCAUGUCCGUCAUAAUCUUCAUCUGCGUCGGCCUCCUCACCAGCAAAAAAGCCGACCUCCGCCUCUGGAUCAUGGCCACCUCCGUGCUGCCCCCUUUCGCAGGCUUCCUCGGCAUGUCCCUCCUCCCCAACGACCCAGCAAUCAAGUGGACCAAAUGGGGCUGCUACUUCAUCACCGUGCCCUUUGUCCUCGGCCUCUUCCUCGCCUGGACCCUGAUCCCGAGUAACAUUGCCGGCCGCACCAAGCGCACCAUGACGUCCAGCUUCACCUUUGUCGGGUACUGUGUGGGCAACAUGGUUGGAAGUCAGAUCUUCAAGGCGGCGGAUGCGCCGAAGUACACACCGGGCACGAUUGGCUGCGCCAUUUGCUUUGGGAUUCAGUUUAUGCUUAUUCUGACGUGGCGGCUUGUGUUGGUGAGGAGGAAUAGGCAGAGAGAUGCUGCUAUGGCUGUUGAUGGGUUGACUGUGGAAGAGAGGGCGAAGAGGGGCAAGGAGCUUGGGGAGCAGGAUUAUACUGAUUUCGAGAACCCUUAUGUGAGUAUUCCUAGUCUUGUUCACUCUCACUUCUUGGCUAACAUGAAAAUGGCAGUUCCGUUACACACUCUAAGUCUUCUUCGACUGGAUUACAGUUCAAUGGUAGUUGGCAUAGAGACGAUAAUAAAGCGAUAUGUUGAGAGGAAGUAG